UAUAAAGGUCGAGAACAGGAUAGACAGGCGCGUCUACAUAAAUACAAGAGACUUUCACGCCAGUCAAUUCUGAGUAGAUGCUACGAGCAAACGUAUUGCAAAAAUGAGAAAUGGAUUCAACUACAAAGUGGGAUUUAUGUUAUUUUUACUGGCAUGUCCGCUUUAUGGCUUAAAAAGUAAUGAAAUCAUUAAAAAUGCCAUGUAUCAACUUCAAAAAGAAAUGGUGGGCAAUUGUGAACUGAAAGCUACUGAUGUAGAUUGGUGUCAGUUACCUAACGGACUAAACUCAACUCAUCUUGAGGGCGAUAUGGUCUCAUUUCCUUCAAGUACCAAAUGUGCUCUGAGAAAUAAUAAAACCUCAGCCACGUGUCAGAUUUGUCAUAGAAACAGAUGGUAUGAUACAACAUGCGGAAAAGAUUUCAACAGUCAUCGAGAAAAGAGGAAUGAUGAUCAGACGUAUAUAGGUGGGGCAGGACUGAUUGGCGCUGGUAUUGGUUUCGCUAUAGGUGGACCCGCUGGUGGAGCCGUUGGUGUGGUAAUUGGUACAGCUGUGGGUUUUAUUUGCAAAUUAUUUUGCAAAAAAAAGGCACCUAAACCAUAUAUUCCACCCGCAAUACGUUGUCCAGUGCUGCCUUCAUAUGAAUUCUUUGCUAAUAAGAAGAAGUUAACAGCUGUUGUACGAUGGCCCGAACCUACCGGCAACGAUGGUUAUGGCAAUGCGCUAAGUCCACUACAGAUUUCUGGUAAGAAAUCUGGUAGCAUAUUUGAAAGAGGAUAUCAUACCAUAGUAUACAAAGUAACUGAUGCAGCUGGUGGUUCGGCCUCCUGUUUCUGGACCGUUAAAGUAACGGUUCGAACGUGUGUUGAUCCCAGAUACCUACCGCCUGCGAAUAGUAGGGUAUCGUGUACUGCCCCUGAAAUUAUUUGGGGCUCACAGUGCAGUAUUAGGUGCGACAGGGGUUAUGACCUAACUGCUGGAUUUAGUGUGGUGACAUGCGAUAGUAAUGGUAAAUAUCUCAGACCUCUUGGAUAUUGUAAAGCAAAAACUUGCCCAAGGCUUACAACCAUUAAAAAUGGAAAACCAUACGCGUGUACCCAACAAAGAAAUUAUAGAAGUGUGUGCACAACGUCAUGUAUAGAUGGGUAUAAGAUACAACAAUUGUAUACAAGAUGCACGGCAGCGGGUACUUGGCAACUUCCUCUUCCUUAUUGUGAAGAUAUAGAAGAUCCAGAGUUUACGGACUGUCCCUUGAGAUCCAAGGUCAUCUAUAAUAACCCUGGACAGUUAACCGCAACCCUUUCAUAUGAGGAACCGAAAGCAACAGAUAAUUCAGGCCAGGUAACUGUAAGAAAGCAAGCUGGACCGGCAAUGGGUGAAGAUGUUCAUCGUGGUAUUUAUACUAUACAAUAUAAGGCAGAAGACGCUGCUGGAAAUACAGCUUAUUGUUCAUUAUACAUAAGAGCAGAAGUACUAGAAUGUGGGUCUCCUGGCUACAAUGAUAACAACUUGAAAAUAACAUGUGACAGCAGCCCGGGUCGCUAUCCACAUGGAACUAGAUGUACCAAUAGCUGUCCAUCAGAUGGACAUAACUUACAGGGUGCCGAAAACAUAAUCUGCAUUAAGGAUAACUCUGUUCCACCUAGGACAUCUUGGCAGCUUCAAGUUGGCCCUAAAGAACCAUCCUGUCUUUUUGUGAAAUGUAAUAAUAUUAAAGCACCUCUAGAAGGUGCCUUGGUGUGCGAUACCCUCAGCAAUGGCAGAUUUUGUAGUAUCCUAUGUAAUGAGAACUUUGACAUCCCACGUACUGAAAGUUUUUCAAAAGUAUACACUUGUGGUGAAAACGGAAAAUGGGUACCACCAUACACGAAUCCAGAAUGUUCAGCUAUCCGACAUCCAACACAAUUCAGAGUUCCAGUAGAAUUAACGUUUAGUGGCGUAUGUUCAUCAAGCGUCGACAUCCGCCCAAAGUUUAUCAACGUAUUGUUAGCUGAUCCGACGUUCUCUAAUAGAUGUGUCACUGCUGGGUGUUCUAUAGGUAACGUGGAAAUUUGGUGCAAUGGAAGAAAGAUAGAGAAUGAGAGAGUUAAGCGAGAUACUGGAGAACUUAUAGUGAAAUUUGAAAUCACCAUACCAUUUACAUUAAACGGAGAAUCGAGGACAAAUACUACUCUUUCUCACGCCGCUAUACUUGAGGGCUUAUCGGAUUUGCUAGAAGUUUAUAUAGAAGCUGGUGGUCUUAACAACAUCGUAUCCGGUUUGACGUAUGUAGCUGACUCCUUGCAAAUUGGAUUGGAUGAUUUUGUGUGUCCAGAUGGACAGAAGGCGGAUUAUGCAACUGCUGCAUGUCGCGGGUGUCCUCGAGGAAUGAUGUAUAAUGCAAAGACUGAUGACUGUUCUAACUGCCCAAUAGGAUCUUAUCAAGAUGAAACGGCUUCUUUGUCGUGUAAAUUAUGCACAGAUGGCACAUCAACUGUAGAGGAAGGAACUCGAAAUUCUAGUUUAUGCUUAGGCAAAUGCUCUAUUGGUACGAGCUCGCCAACUGGUCUGGAACCAUGUGGAUCCUGUCCACAAGGCACAUAUCAGGAUAGAGUUGGAAAUACUAAAUGUAACAAAUGCCCCAACGAGAUGACCAGUGGAACUGGAUCAACAGCCAUGACAGAUUGUAAAGCCUUUGAUGUUGUCUUGACUGGACCAGUACAAUUGCAAAGUAAUACAUCCUCGAAUGCAGAGGAUUUUCAGAUCACUGUUUGGUUCAAGUUUAUAACACGAUCGAUCGCAUCUGCAUUUAAAAUAAAUUUGAAACGUAAUGGCAACAAUAUCCUCACGCUUGGUUUUGGACAAGAGGCGUACGUCUCUGUGUCGAGCGCCUUUGAAUUAGGCGGGAUGAAUAUAAGCGAACAGUGGAACCAUUGUAUUUUAACCUGGAACCAGUCCACACGAAACAUUGGCGUUUACAUUGGUGGUAAACUUGUAAAGAGCAAAACUGUAUCUUCUGUGACUUCCAGUCUUUUAGUAACAAAUACUACCAUGGAGAUAGAUGUGACAGCCGGGCAUGAAAUCAUUAUAAGAAGAAUACAGCUCAGCUCUUCUGGACUAGUGGAUGGUGAAUCGAUCCGUGAUCUGUCCAAGUCAUGUGAUUUAACGAUCCCUACACAACCGCUUAUAUCAAUGUCUGACCUGAAAUCCGACAACCAGAAUUUUAGUAACCUGAGAAUUGUUGUGCCUAGUUCUUGUGAUGCUGUUAAUGAAUGUUUAUCAUCACCUUGUGGACAACAUGUAUGUAUCAAUGACAUUGAUGGAUUUAAGUGUCAUUGUACUAAGGGAUAUACAGGUGAAAUGUGCUCUAUUGCACCUGAUUAUUGUAUAUCUAAUGGUUGUAUGAAUGGGGCUACAUGUAUCAAUGACUUACAGUAUGGCAUAUUCACCUGUAACUGUUCUCAGAAUUUCACAGGAAGACUUUGUGAUGUCGCCAUUGUUCAUGGAAAUUGGGGGGAGUGGGGAGACUGGAGUCAGUGUAGUACUACAUGUGGAGGAGGACAACAGUCCAGGACAAGGAUUUGUGAUAACCCAAUUCCUUCAGGUGGGGGUGAUUUCUGUAAGGGAAUUGUUUCCAACACCAGAACAUGUAAUAACAACGAAUGUCCAAAAUGUUUGUCUAGUGAUUUGAUAAGAGCAUAUGGUACCAAUAUUGACUGUAACGGGGAUGUAACUAAGUUGGUUUGUAAAGGAACCUGUGACCCCGGAACUGCUUUCAUUGGCGAUCAGCCAACUUAUAAUUGCACAUAUGGUGUUUGGACUCCAGGAACACAAGCAGAACCUUGUAUAGAUGUGCUUUCGCCCGAUGACUUGCAGGUCAAUGCAACAUUAGAAUUUCCUUUUGUACCUUGUGAUAAGAGGGGUGAUUUCAAGAAUAUGGUAUCAAAUAAGAUUAGCCAAGACACAUGUUCCGGGAAUGGUCUCUGUAACUCAGAAAUCAAGGUUUCCGAAUGUGAUAGAACGAAUAGACGACGACGUGAAGCGACUACGACAGUGGAAGUAAUAUUGACGAAAACCUUACCAGGUGGUGACCUGAAUCUUCCAGCGUAUCAGAUCAACGGCACAGUAAGUCCUCAGCUACAAGCUAUAGUUGAAGCAGUACAAGUGUUGGAAAUAUCAGGCCAGACUUUACAAAAUGAGACGGAUAAUUAUAAUUUCGAGGUAAAUGGUGAAAACUACAAAGCGUCAAGUGUGAACAUCGUAGGAAGUACAAUUUGUCAAGAUGGUGCCAUCGGUGCCAGUGGUAUAUGUGUACUUUGUCCUGAAGGAACGUAUCAAAAUGUUGAGAUAUGUACAUUAUGUGAACGUGGUUAUUACCAGGAUGAACGAGGGCAAACCAACUGUAAAUCAUGUCCUAAUGGUUGGUCUACACAAUAUACUGGAUCCAUGAACCUUACAAAAUGUUCUAUCCCAUCUGUGAUGACACCUGUUGAGCCAGAAGAAAAGAAUACAAAUUUAGUUGCAAUUAUUGCUAGUGUAAUCGGAUGUAUUGUGUUAUUGGCUAUACUUAUACUAGUAUUUAUCUACAUCAAAAAGAGGCGGGCUCAAAAUGACAAAGCCAUUGAUUCUCGUCCGACCUCUUCUAAUGAUAAGGUAGAUUUUGAAAUGGAAUCAAGUUCAACAUUACCAAGUAAAGAUCACUUCAAGCAGUAACCACCAACAAGUCAUGUUAUUGGUUUAAAUUAAAAAUGAAUAAACCGAUUAUUUCAUAUAAAA